AUGGCAGUGAGCACGGCUAGGACUGCGGCUGCAGCGGCGGCCGUGAUGGGCCUCGUGGUAGCAGCGGCGGCGCUUCUUUCUCCGGCUGCGGCCGCGGCCGACUGGGACGACGACGAAGUGAGGGCGCUGGUGGCCAUCAGGGCGGCGCUGGUUGACCCCAACAGAGUUCUCCGUGACUGGGACGUCACCGCCGGCGGCGACCCGUGCGCCUGGCCCAUGGUCACCUGCAACCAGGGGCAUGUUUACCAACUGUCUCUGAGGCACCAAAACCUCUCCGGAACAUUGUCGCCGGCGAUCGAGAAGCUUACGUUGUUGCAAAAUCUGUUUUUGUGCAACAACACAAUUUCUGGCCCUAUCCCGGACGUCAUAGGCAGGAUGGAGUUUCUAGAAAGUCUUGAUCUGUCAAAUAAUCAGUUCACUGGGAGCAUCCCAAGUACACUGGGUGGUCUGACCAACCUCCAGUAUUUGAAAUUGAACAACAACAGCUUAUCUGGACCUAUACCUGAUUCACUAGCCACUGCUCCCAUGAUCUUAAACCUGGAUCUUUCCUUCAACAACCUGAGUGGCACCUGGCCAAUUUUUCAUGAGAGGAUUAAUGUCUUACUUGUAGGUAAUCCAUUGCUAAAUGCCCCCGCAAAAGAGCCGCUCGAUCUCCCCAUACACAAGCCGACAGAUACAGAAGUUGAGCAUGGCCCAGAAGUUCGGCUUGGUCAUCUAAAGCAUUUCAAGUUUAAGGAGAUAAAUAAGGCUACCAAUAACUUCAGUCAAAGAAAUGUUUUGGGGGAGGGGGGAUAUGGAAUAGUAUACAAGGGUUGUUUGCCUGAUGGCAGUAUAGUUGCUGUUAAAAGACUGAAGAAUCAUAUUUUGGAUGUUGGGGAUGAUCAAUUCCAUGCGGAAGUUGGAGUGAUAGGCUUGGUUGUUCAUCGCAAUCUCCUUCAUCUUACUGGGUUCUGCACUACAAAUGACGAAAGGCUCCUUGUGUAUCCUUACAUGCCAAGUGGAACUGUUGCUUCUAAAUUACAAGAGCAUGUAAAUGGUAAACCAGCUUUAGACUGGUCAAGAAGAAAGAGUAUAGCACUCAGCGUGGCACGUGGGUUGCUCUAUUUGCAUGAGCAUUGUGAUCCUAAGAUAAUACAUCGUGAUAUAAAAGCCUCCAACAUUCUCCUUGAUGAACAUCUUGAAGCAGUCAUUGCGGAUUUCGGAUUGGCAAAACUUAUAGAUCCUGGGGUGUCUCAUGUUAUCACAGAAGCGCGUGGAACGCUUGGGCGCAUGCCACCGGAGUCGUUUAUGACUGGCCACUCAUCCGAUAAGACAGAUGUUUUUGGCUUUGGAUUCCUGUUGAUCGAGUUGGUCACUGGCCGAGAGACGCUGGAGCUCCAUGAGAAUGAGUAUGAGCACGGAGGAAUUCUUGACUGGGCCAGGGAACUCCUCGAACAAAAUCAGCUAAGCUCCUUUGUGGACAUGAAGAUAAGAAACAACUAUGACUGUGUCGAAUUGGAGGAGAUGGUUCAGAUAGCGUUGCUCUGCACAAUGUACAAACCUGAACAUCGUCCGAAGAUGUCAGAAGUUGUUAGGAUGCUGGAAGGAGGAGAUGGUGUUGCAGAGAAAUGGGAGGCCAUGAAAGAUGUCGAGGAGCCGGACCCCGACUCCCCGGGCUAUCUGUUCCCUGUUCUGGAUUAUGAUGCAGAUCAGAGCAGUUCAAUUGCGUUGCAAGCCAUUGAACUGUCAGGACCAAGGUGA